UGAGCUCACUCAAACACACUGAGUACGUCUCUCACACACUCAACGAGAGACACCAAGUGUUUAUCAUCCUGUUAUCAGAAGUUGAGCAACAUUUUACUGACGGUUCUUUCUCAAGACUGUCAGUCAGACGGAAGCAAGAGACGGAUGGAAACUAUGGUCUGUCCAAUGGGCAGUGGUGCCAGUCGACUCUACAGCUCCCUGGCCCAGACCCUAGUCAACAACAACACCACUACCACCCUGCUGGCCCAGCACCCCUCCCCCUCACAGGGGUGUCAUUCUCCCCCGGGGGGGCACCCCCUGGAGCUGCUGAGGGAGUGUGAGGAGGCUCUACGGGACAGGCCUCCUCGCCUCCUCAGAGCCUUCAUCUGCCCCGGGGAGGGAGAGGUGGACAGGGAGGAAGUGGACAACGAUGCCACCCAGAGGACCAUUAGAGUUAUGCAGUGGAACAUACUGGCUCAAGCUCUAGGUGAAGGUAUGGACAGUUUCGUCAACUGUCCCCUGGAAGCCCUGAACUGGGCGGAGCGUAAAUACCUCAUCCUAGAAGAGAUCCUCACCUACCGACCUCACAUCCUGUGUCUACAGGAAGUCGACCACUACUACGACACCUUCCAGCCAAUCCUGGCCAGACUGGGUUACCGCGGCAACUUCUGCCCCAAGCCCUGGUCUCCGUGUUUGAAUGUGGAGGGCAACAACGGUCCGGAUGGAUGUGCUCUGUUCUACGAUGAAGCCCGGUUGGACUUGGUGGAUAGUGUGAAUGUCCGGCUGUGUGCCCUUUUAACACCCACCAACCAGGUGGCGGUCGUCACGACGCUGCGUUGCAGGGUGACAGGCCGGCGGCUGUGUGUUGCCGUGACGCACCUCAAAGCCCGGAGCGGCUGGGAAUGCCUCCGUAGUGCCCAGGGUUCCGACCUUCUCCGGAACCUCGCCACCCUCACCCAACCUCUCCUCGUCUGCGGCGACUUCAACGCUGUGCCUUCCGAGGACGUCUACCAGCGUUUCGCAUCGUCACCGUUGAUCCUUGACUCCGCCUAUAAACGGUUAAGCCGGGACGGGCUUUCGGAACCGGCCUACACCACGUGGAAGAUCCGGCCGACGGGAGAGUGCUGCACCACAUUGGAUUAUAUCUGGUACUCUAGAGAAGCUUUCAGUGUGGACGCCGUGUUGGAUAUGCCUACAGAGGAACAGAUUGGCCCCAACAGGCUUCCGUCGUACAACUACCCCUCCGAUCACCUCUCGCUGGUGUGUGACUUCAGCUUUAAAAAGCAGCAGGAGGAGUGAAGAGGAUCAUAUGGACUCUUGAUUGACAAUUCGAGGGAUGGAGGGGACAGAACGAGGGAUGGAGGGUUACAGAACGAGGGAUGGAGGGAACAGAACGAGGGAUGGAGGGACAGAACGAGGGAUGGAGGGGACAGAACGAGGGACGGAGGGGACAGAACGAGGGAUGGAGGGGACAGAACGAGGGACGGAGGGGACAGAACGAGGGAUGGAGGGGACAGAACGAGGGAAGGAGGGGACAGAACGAGGGAUGGAGGGGACAGAACGAGGGAUGGAGGGGACAGAACGAGGGAUGGAGGGAAUAGAAGCGCCACUGUCCCUCUGAGUCCGAACCCAUCUCUCUGGGGUGUGAUGACUGGAGAACUGGAGGAGGGAAAUAGGGAGGAGACAACCCGCUUUCUUUUCAGAAGUCAUGUUAUCGAUUUAAAACACUGAAUGAAGGAGAGACCGAGAGGAAUGGACUGGACAGACUGCUGAAGCUAGGCUCUAUGGUUCCUGUCUACAGUAGAGGUGCUGUUGUUGUCUCUGACACUGUGAUGAUUGGACUGGACAGACUGCUGAAGCUAGGCUCUAUGGUUCCUGUCUACAGUAGAGGUGCUGUUGUUGUCUCUGACACUGUGAUGAUUGGACUGGACA